CUGCGCUGCGAUAACGCGCCCGUCUAUUUUAGUACGGAAAAAUCAGCGAGAUAAAAUUCUGUCUAACAAUAUUUCUGGCCAACGAAGUUACAGAGAAAUUCAAUAAUUUCGGAGAUGUAAAUUAUACCAAGUGAAAUGUUGCAUCUCCAUAAAAAACAAAGGGAACCUUUCGUAACAAUGGAGUCGUGGAAAAGGUACGUGCUGCUCAUUGUUAUUCUGUUUUCGAUCAUAUAUCAAACAUCGGCUUCAGUGACUCAUUAUUCCAUACCCGAAGAAAUGAAAGAAGGAUCAGUUGUUGCCAACCUUGCUACGGAUCUCAGCCUGGAUGUUAAAACACUGAAUCAGAGGAAGAUGCGUCUUGAUAUUAUCGCGAACAAGAAAUAUUUGGAUGUGAACAAAGAGACUGGUGAGCUGUAUGUUGUUGAGAAGAUUGACAGGGAACAUAUUUGCAAUACCAAGUCGUUGGCGUCUUGCUAUCUCAGGCUCGAGGUCAUACUAGAAAACCCCUUACGAACAUUUAAUAUAGAAGUAGAAAUUCUUGAUAUGAAUGACAACGCCCCACAAUUUCGGAGAGACGCCAUUCAUUUAGAUAUAUCUGAAGCGACGGCAAAAGGAGAACGAUUUUUCCUGAGUAAUGCAGUCGAUCAUGAUGUUGGAUCAAAUUCAGUGAAAACAUAUCACCUGAGUGAAAGUGAAUAUUUCAACAUAGAGGUGCAAACCGGAAGAGAUGGGACAAAAUUUGCGGAUUUGAUCUUAAAAAAGACAUUGGACCGAGAGGAGCAGGCUGUUCAUAAUCUGAUACUCACAGCUGUAGAUGGAGGAACACCUGCUCGUUCUGGUACGGCCAGUGUCAUAGUUCAUGUUUUGGACACAAAUGACAAUCGACCUACCUUUGACAAGGACAAUGUGAGUGUAAAAGUAAUGGAAAAUUCCCCAAUUGGAAGUCUUGUUGUUGAUCUCAGUGCAACAGACUUAGAUGAGGGUUCAAAUUCAGAUAUAACAUAUUCAUACAGUUUAUAUACGUCAGAAAAAACCCAAGAGACAUUUAAUCUGAAUCCUGCCACUGGUGAAAUUACAGUUAAGGGAAUGCUGAACUAUGAAGAUUUCAGAAUUUAUGAUAUGGAAGUUAUAGCUACUGAUAAAGGAACCAGCAGUUUAUCAGGACAAUGUACCAUAAAGAUUCUAGUUGAAGACAUGAAUGAUAAUCACCCAGAAAUAUCAAUCAAAUCAUUUCAGAGUCCAGUCAAUGAAAAUAUAGAAUUAGACACAGUGAUAGCUGUAGUUAGUGUCAGUGACAAAGAUUCAGGUGAUAAUGGAAAAGUUGAUCUUCAUAUUCCAGAUAAUAUGCCUUUCAAACUGAGGGAGUCCUCUGAUAACUAUUAUGAAUUAUUAGUGUCGGAGCCGUUAGAUCGUGAGAAGGUCCCAGAAUAUGACAUCACUUUCACUGUGACAGACAGAGGCUCUCCUCCUUUAUCUGACAAUGAAACUAUGACCUUAGAGCUGCUGGAUAUUAAUGACAAUGUCCCACAGUUCCCCCAGUCAUUUUACACUAUACGAGUCAUGGAGAAUAAUGCACCUGGAGCCUUGCUCAGCUCCCUCACUGCCUUUGACCCUGACCUCCAUGAAAACCAGUAUCUAGUUUAUUUUAUAAUAGAGAAGGAGAUAGCCAACACCUCCAUGUCCAUGCUGUUCUCCAUCAAUCCAGAGAACGGUAAUCUUUAUGCACUAAAAACUUUUGAUUAUGAAAUCGAGAAGGAGUUUUUGUUCCACAUUGAGGCCAGAGACUCUGGCUCACCUCCUCUCAGCAGUAAUGUGACUGUCCACAUCAUUAUUGUGGAUCAGAACGACAAUGCUCCGGUUGUUGUUUCUCCGUGGCGUGCACACGGCUCAGUGGUGGAGGAAAAGAUCCCCAGAUCCACUGAUAAGGGAUCCCUGAUUGCCAAGGUGAUAGCUUUAGACACGGACUCUGUUCACAACUCUCGGAUCACCUACCAGUUUCUACAGGUGACUGACGCCACCUUGUUCAGUCUGGACCAAUACAAUGGAGAGAUCCGCACUAUGAGGAUGUUCAGUUACAGAGAUCCACGCCAUCACAGACUGGUUGUUGUUGCCAAGGACAACGGAGAGCCUGCUCUCUCUGCUACAGUCACCAUCAAACUGACCACAAUGGAGACUACUGUUAAAGCCUACUCUGACAUGACUGAGGAGCCUCUGGAAUAUGACAUCUUCUCAGACAUAAACCUGUAUUUGGUCAUUGGUUUGGGCUCGGUGUCAUUUCUGCUGCUCAUCACCAUAUUGGUCACCAUCGUGAUCAAGUGUCAGAAACCCAGCAAAGCAGCUCCUCCCUCCAGGAACAGUGUGAUCAGUGAGAGGAACUCCACCAUUGCAGACUCCACUCUGGUCUCCAAUGAUGCCUACUGGUACAGUCUGUUUCUAGCAGAGACCAGGAAAGGAAAGCUGGUGGUUAGACAGCCUCUGCCAAAGGGCUCCAGAUACAUUGUGUCCAGCAUCCCGAGAGGAACAGGACUGACAGAGACUAGUGACUCAGCAGCUUCUACUCUGCAGGUAGGCAUCUAG